AUGCCUCCUCAAAGACCUCUUUCUUUGCUCACCAGUGCCGAAGUUGAAAGACUUGCGGCCCAAGUGCGUCGGCCUGUGCCCCGCAACCUUCGGAGCCAGGAUUCAGCGGCUGGUCCCGCUGGCGGUCCUGGUUCCACUUUAACUACCCAGAACCAAUCGGCUAUCCUUAUCGAACGUGACAAUAUGGAUACGUCGGCCACCACUGAACAACCUACUGGCAACGGUGGGAUCAAAUACGACCCAAGCAAAGAUGGAGAGUCCAAUGACAACCAAGGAAACCUCAAGCCCAAGCUCGAGCCUGAGCCCAAGCCCAAGCCGCAAGGCAACGGCAACGGCAACGGCAAAGGCAAGCAAGUUGCUUUCAAAACCCGUCAUGCCCGCGGCGCCGGUUGUGGCGCUGGUACGAAGAACUUUACAGUGGCAGAGCAGUGGCAGUUCUGUAGCGUGCUCUGCGACGUUCUCCCUCGCUCCGAACUGGGGUGGAAGCAGGCUGCCAAGGUAUACAACCAGCUUGUCCCAAAGACCCGUCAGAGAACUGUCGAAUCUCUCAAGGGCAAGUAUACGAAGCUGCUUUGGAUGAAAAAGCCCACAGGCGAGGGCGUGGCCAGCAAGUUGCACGAAGAAGCCUUGGCCAUUGAAGAUCUUCUUCAUGCCCAGGAAGAGGCGCGUGCUAUUGACAAUCCUUGGUCAGCGUCUGAGGACAACAAAGCUCUUUGUGAGACGCUCUCUGACAAAGAGCUCCCGCCUCCUCCUGGCUUUGCAGCAAUUCCUGCUCGCCCCCUUCCUGCCAACCCUGCGCCUGCGGCUCCACCUCCUCUCGCUUCCGCGCCCUCGUCAUCUCCAGCUAAGAACUGUGCCACCACCGAUGAGAAUAAGGUGAUUGACAUUGGUUCCUUGGAUGAUAGUGAUGUUGAGGUCUUACCGGCUACGCAAGCGCCCCCAAAGAAAAAGGGAUCGACAUACCGUGCAUCUCAAGUCACCAAAGACUUGCUUCCUGAGGUCCGAGAGCCCCCGCAAAAGCGUUGCAAGACAGCGCAGCUUACUGCCAAGCGUAUCAUGUCCAUCCUUACGCGCAAGGAAUUGGUGGACAAUGGCCACAAUAGCGCUGCCGGUCUCGCUCGCCUAGAAGUAUUUAACCGCGACCGUACAAUCAAGAGACUCGAGCGGGAUCUUUCCAAGGCUCGAGAGCGGUGCCAUCAGCUGGAACGUCAAAUCAAUCAAGUUACUCUUGUCUUGACUCUGAGCGGCAUUGCGUUGCCUUCGGCUGCUGCCCAUGCUCCCGCUAAUAGCACCGCGGCGCAGACGCUUGCCAAGAUGUUGGCAUCUUUUCUGCGUCCUUCGCCAGCUGCUGCUCACACACAAGACAGCCCCCCCGUCCCACCAGCUGUGCCCGUACCUCCAACUGCAGACCCACUCCCAACUACACCGUCAGUCACAGCAGCCAAUUCUAACGAUGCGGACACGUUGGAUGAUCCCCCAAGGCCUCUGGUAGCGACCUCCUCCGGUCUCAGCGCAAAUGAUAAGGACAUUAUUCCUAGCCACCCCGGUAACUAA